GGCCAUUUCAAUCUGAAAUUGAGAAUAAUUUCUCAUUUGGGAGCGACGACAAUAAAAUCAUUAAUCAGGACGACAUUUUGCAGAAACCGAAUUUGCUAAACCCGAAAAAAAAAUGGCAGACAUGAUGAAAGCUGUUGGUAUAAAGGGGAGUAAAGGAAGCGCCGAUGCUUUAUUUAUUGAUGAACUCGCUGUACCAAAGCCAGGUGAUGGGCAGGCUUUGAUCAAGAUCAAGGCAUUUGGUUUGAACCGGAUGGACCUAUUGCAGCGGGAGGGGAAAUAUCCUGUUCCACCCCAGGCGCCUAGCACUAUGGGAGUUGAAUUCUCUGGGGUGAUCAAGAAACUUGGGGUCGCUACUGGCGAUAGUUUUGAGAUUGGUGAUAGUGUGUUUGGUCUAGCUUAUGGAGGUGCCUACGCGGAAUACAUUGUGGUGUCAACAUGCAUGUUGAUACAUAAACCCCAAGGAUUAACUUGGGAAGAGGCAGCAGGAAUACCAGAGACCCGUUUUGACCAUGACUACACAUCGAAGACUUGGAUUACGGCUAGCCAAGCCCUAUACAUGGUGGGAGAAUACGCUCCUGGAAUGUCUAUUCUCUGGCAUGCAGGAGCUUCCUCGGUGUCGAUAGCUGGUAUUCAACUUGCCAAAAUUGAUAAUGCGUCUGCCGUAUAUGUGACUGCGGGCUCUCAGGAAAAAAUUGAUUUUUGCAUAGGUGAACUUGGGGCCACUGCUGGUUACAACUACAAAGAACAGGACUGGGCCUCCGAGAUUAUGAAGGCGACAAAUGGCCGCGGCGUCGACAUUAUAGUCGACUUCGUCGGCGCGACACAUUUUCAAGGCAACCUGGACGUGGCAGCGCAGGAUGCACGCAUUGUCCAACUAGGGCAGAUGAGUGGCUCGAUACUUUCUGGGAAUGUUGAUAUCAGUGGGCUUUUAAGAAAAAGGCUGAGGUUUGAGGGCAGCACGCUUCGAAGCAGAGAUGAGGGAUACCAGAAGAAACUCCGUGAUCUUUUGGUGGAUCAUGCUUUGCCAAAGUUCAAUGAUCAAACUUUUAAAAUAUUCAUUGAAAAGGUUUUUCCGUUCGAGGAAAUUGCAGAGGCACAUAGACUGCUUGAGAGCAAUCAAACUAAGGGAAAAAUCAUAUGUACAAUUAAUUAA